GACCACCAGACCCUCACAUCACCAGGAAGAUCCAGUAAGAGAAGAACACCAGAGAGAUGUCCCAGUCCUCUUCUUCCACAGGAUCAUCAGCUUUUCAAUUGGGAUAUAGAUAUGAGCAAUAUUAAUGCUACAGAGACAUAUGUGAGGGGUGAUGACCAGUGUAAAGAAGAAAUUCCUACAGAGACAUAUGUGAGGGGUGAUGACCAGUGUAAAGAAGAGAUUCCUACAGAGACAUAUAUGAGGGGUGAUGACCAGUGUAAAGAAGAGAUUCCUACAGAGACAUAUAUGUGGGGUGAUGACCAGUGUAAAGAAGAAAUUCCCACAGAUAACAGCUCAGAUAACUGUACCAGGAGCUCAGAGGCACAUCUGAUAUCUUCAGAUUUUAAAGCAAAUCAUCAUGGUAUCACACAAAACACAUAUGAACAGCAUGUCUACAUCUCAUAUACACCCUCAGCUCUUCACAGUAAAGAUCUAUCAUAUGAUCCUUUUCAACAUCUUCUAUCUUCUGAUUCAUCACCGACUGUUAAGCAAAAUACAAGUCACCGAAGGGAUCUUGUACAUCAAAGAACACAAUUGAAGAAGAAGUCAUUUUCAUGUUCAGAAUGUGGGAAAUGUUAUAAUUGGAAAUCAAAUCUCAUCAUACAUGGCAGAAGUCACACAGGAGAGAAGCCAUUUUCGUGUUCAGAAUGUGGCAAAUGUUUUAGCAAGAAAUCAGAUGUCGUUAGACAUCAGAUAACUCACACAGGGGAGAAGCCAUUUUCAUGUUCAGAAUGUGGGAAAUGUUUUAGUUAUAAAGGAAAUCUAGUCGAACAUCAGAGAGUUCACACAGGGGAGAAGCCAUUUUCAUGUUCAGAAUGUGGCAAAUGUUUUAGUCAUAAAGGAAAUCUUGUCGAACAUUACAGAAGUCACACAGGGGAGAAGCCAUUUUCAUGUUCAGAAUGUGGAAAAUGUUUUACCAAGAAAUUAGAUCUUGUUAGACAUCAGAGAACUCACACAGGGGAGAAGCCAUUUUCAUGUUCAGAAUGUGGGAAAUGUUUUACCAAGAAAACAGAUCUUGUUAGACAUCAGAUAAGUCACACAGGGGAGAAGCCAUUUUCAUGUUCAGAAUGUGGGAAAUGUUUUACCAAGAAAUCAGAUCUUGUUAGACAUCAGAUAACUCACACAGGGGAGAAGCCAUUUUCAUGUUCAGAAUGUGGGAAUUGUUUUACCAAGAAAUGUGAUCUUGUUAGACAUCAGAUAAAACACACAGGGGAGAAGCCAUAUUCAUGUUCAGAAUGUGGAAAAUGUUUUACUUUAAAAGCAGCUCUUCUUCAGCAUGAAAAAAUUCACAUACGGAGCAGCCAUUUUCAUGUUCAGAAUGUGAGAAACUUUUCUUAAGUAAAGCAUGGUUUGCUGAACAUGAAAAAAUUCACACAGGAUGGUGACCUCAAAAUCUGUCCAACCAGUUAGUGGAUCUCCGUUACACACCACUUACCUCCAGCAACUACCUCAGCAACUCUUUUCACUGUAAGAGUCACCUACUCCUGAC